AUGUCGUGGUUAUUUGGAAGGAAAAAAGUCAAAGAUUCACCGCCCGAUUCGGGUGAAGAUACAUCGCCAUCAACCAAUCAUGCCGAUGAUUACAUACUUGUAGAAAGGCAGACCAAUUCACCUUCAUCAAUUGUAGGAGCACAUGAAAAUGAUUCAUCAAUUAAAUCCUUUGGGCUAUAUCCCUUUGUUCCUCAAGAUCAAUCUGCAAAUAUAUCAGCAUUUCCAUCCCAUGUUGCGCAAAUGGAUAUUUUAUGCGAUGCAUCAAAAUAUUUACAUAGUAUAAAAUUUCAGUUGAACAAAACAUUUGAAAAUUAUCUUGAAAUUGAUAGUGUACAAGCUCAUGAAAUUUUUUCAUUCAUAUUGAGGAUUAAAAAGGAAGAUUAUAAUUAUGAUUUCUCAUUAGAAACUAGUGUAAUUAAUGAAAUGGCAACAGGCACUUCAUAAGAAUUUUCCUUGAGCAGAUCUUGUUUUUAAUGAGAUUUAACACAUUCUCCAAUACUUUAUGACAAUGAAUAUUGUGUAAAUAUUACACAUUUAUUGGACUUUUUUUUUCUAAUUUUCUUGGUAACCGGCGUGUCAAUUGGAAUGAUGAUAAUAAAUAGGGCACACUGUAGUCGUGAUUGAUUUUUAAUUCAUAUGGCUAGACAAUAGAUGAGAAUAAUUGCGAUAAUAGUGAAGAACGGCAACCAUGUUUUCAAGAAUCCUGGCCAGCUGUAAUCAUGAAAUAAUUUGUUAUAUAAAUAUUAUAAAAAUAAAAAUAGUUCAUUGAA